CCAGAUCCGGCGGCCGAUCUCCCAUGGCGGCACCGGCGGCGGGAGCCCUGGGCGCGGCCCUCGUCGCGGCGCUCCUGCUCGCGCUCGCGGGGGCCAACUCCGAGGGCGACGCGCUCUCCGCGCUGCGCCGCAGCCUCAGGGACCCCGGCGCCGUGCUCCAGAGCUGGGACCCCACGCUCGUCAACCCCUGCACCUGGUUCCACGUCACAUGCGACCGCGACAACCGCGUCACACGACUAGAUCUUGGCAACUUGAACUUAUCUGGCCAUCUGGUGCCCGAGCUUGGUAAACUGGAGCAUCUGCAAUACCUGGAACUCUACAAAAAUAAUAUUGAAGGAACGAUCCCAUCAGAACUUGGUGAUUUGAAGAACCUAAUAAGCUUGGACUUGUACAAGAACAACGUUUCGGGGACUAUUCCUCCAGCACUUGGGAAGUUGAAAUCCCUUGUAUUCUUGCGGCUCAAUGGCAAUCGUUUGACCGGGCCAAUUCCAAGGGAGCUGGCUGGAAUAUCUAGUCUCAAAGUUGUUGAUGUUUCUGGUAAUGAUCUGUGUGGAACAAUUCCAACCACUGGACCAUUUGAGCAUAUUCCUCUCAGCAACUUUGAGAAGAACCCGCGUCUGGAAGGUCCAGAACUGCAAGGCCUGGCUGUAUAUGAUACCAACUGCUAGAUGGCAACAUGAAGGAAAAGAAUGCUAGAAAGUAAUGGGCGUACAAGGUUACCGAAGAUCGGGUGAUAUAGAUUGUUAGGUCCGCACUUGCCACGUUGUAAACCUCCCUACAUAGCUACCAUUUGUGCCUUUCUCUCAGCAAGAAAGUUGUGUGUUGUAGCAGAACGAUGCUUUCUGCCUGUGGAAGUAAAUCAUGAGACUGCUUUAUGUGUUGUGACUGAAAUGGUAUUGUCAUCACUAUUAUGCA